AUGCCAGACAACUUCUACUCAGACAAUCUUAUCGACUCCUUCGAAACAGAGGAUGAGGCGAUUAAAUUCAGCAUGGCGGUAAGGCAAUCCCUCGAAGCUGGUGGAUUCAGUUUGACGGCAUUUGCUUCGUCUGCUCCGCGAGUGCUCGAAAGCAUUCCCUUGCAUGAAAGGUCAGCUAGCGUUUUAGACCUCAACGUGGACGCCUUGCCGGUAGAAUACCAUCUAGGAAUCGAGCUAAAUCUAACAACAGAUUCGUACAGUGUCAGGGUCAAAACGAUGCCCCAAGUGUCCACUAGAAGAGAAAUGCUAGCUGCCAUGUCGCUGACGUUCGACCCGCUUGGGAUCUGUCUCCCGGUUAUCGCUGGGGCUAAAUUACUGUUUCAGCUUACAAACAGAUUGGAGAGAAACGCUCGCGGGUGGGACCAGCCUUUGCCAGCAGACCUGCUGGAAAAGUGGAAUGUUUGGGCAGAUGGGUUGGCCAAGCUAUCGUUCCCUAAUGUGAGCAGAUGUUUCCGCCCCGCCGAUUUACCAUUUUUGGGCUCUGUACCUCGGCUGAUCGUGUUUGCUGACGCGUCAUCAGUCGCGUUUGGAGCGGUCGCCUACCUCCGCACACAAUUGAAUAACAAGGUCCAUGUAAGUUUCGUGAUGGCAAAAGGUCGUUCAGCAUCAUUGAGGCCAACGACAAUUCCGCGGAUGGAGUUACAGGCGGCUGUACUGGCCGUGCGCUUGUCAGCACUAAUAAAAAAAGAACUCCGCAUCCCAAUUGCUUCUGUUGAAUAUCACACCGACUCUCAGAUCGUUUUAUGGCAGCUGCGAUCCGAUGACCAUGGACGUCCGUCAUUCGUGCGCGCAAGAAGAGAGGAGAUCCUCGCCCACUUGGCACUCAACGACUGGCAUUUCGUUCGUAGUAGCGAUAACCCGGCCGACGAAUGUACUCGCGGUGUCACACCGAAAGACUUUGGUCCUGGUUGCCGUUGGAUUACUGGCCCCUCUUUUCUCAUGGAUCCGUCCUAUGUUGCAGAGCCAUUUGACCAUCGCGCCACUAAACCUUCUGAAAAGGAAGACGAUGAAACACUGACCAUCAGCAUUGAGCAUCUGGAUGUCGCGCCAUAUUGCUGCCACCCGAAGGCAGCCGCCGUAUCUAAGCUCAUAUCCCACGCCACGGAACUAAGCAUUCUGAAACGCGAAGUUGCCCAGCUGGUGCGACACGAUCCGGCCACGCAAGCGGAGCCGACCGUUGGAGAGCUUGCAGAAGCCCUUCGUGUGUGCUUGCUGGUCUCCCAAAGUGAAGUUUUCGUGCGCGAGUGCAAGGCCCUUCUUAACGGAACCGAAAUUCCUCGAAAUUCAGUGCUGCGGCGUGUUGGCCCAUACAUCGAUCCGGAUUGUGGCUUAAUGAAAGUGGACGGAAGGUUGGAGCACGCCGAACUCCCGGCGCGCACUCGUCACCCAACUAUAAUUGCACCGAACCACCCGAUGACCAGGUUAAUCAUAGAAGAUUGUCACCAAAAAGUGCGGCACUCCGGCGUUGAGCACACCUUAAGCAUCUUGCGCGAGCAAUAUUAUCUCCCCAGGGUCGCAGGGCCAUCCGUCGGGCAUUGA